AUGGUACCAUCCGCACAGUCCAGCAAGGCCCAAGAGGUCAAGAAAACACCUCUACAGCUCAUCUCCCAAGGCGUCUGUCUCCCCGGCAUCCCCAAACCACCCAGCUUUGCUGCAGAGCGGCAAUGGAUGUUGGAGAAGAUGGCGCUGGCCUUUCGAGUUUUUGCACGCUUGGGGUAUACAGAUGGUAUGGCCGGUCACAUCUCCAUCAGGGACCCGGAGAAUCCACAUACAUUCUGGACGAAUCCACUGGCGGUACAUUUUGCGUUACUCAAGGCAAGCGACAUGAUUCUCGUCAACUAUGAGGGUGUUCCUAUUGGCGGAAACAUGAGCCGACCCGCCAACUCAGCAGGCUUCUUCAUUCACAGUGCCGUUCACAAAGCUCGAUCAGACGUCGUGGCCGCAUGCCACACACAUAGUCCGCACGGCAUGGCGUGGAGUGCCUUUGGACGGCCCCUGGAAAUGCUAACCCAAGAUGCCGCCUAUCUGUAUGGGGAUGCUCAGGCAGUAUAUAAGGACUUUGGAGGCGUUGUCCUCACACAGGAGGAAGGCGACCGCAUAGGUCCGAAAGGGAAGGGGAUGAUUUUGCAAAACCACGGCCUCCUUACAGUUGGAUCCACUGUCGACGAGGCAUGCUUCCUGAUGACUCUGAUGGAGCGUGCAUGUCAGACCCAACUACUCGCAGAAGCCGCAGCGGCGAAUGGGCUACCCAAGGUCUACAUCCCCGAAGAGAGUGCCAAGUACACGUUUGAGAACUCUAGUGAUCCCGAGACGCUGUAUUGGGAGGGACAGCCGGACUUGCAGUAUGAGGAAUACAUGGCGAAAGGAGAGCAUCGGGGCUAG